GAGGCGCAGCAGCAACAGCACAGCGGCGGCGGCAGCGGGCGGCGCCUUCCUUUCCUUCCCCCCCCCCCCCCCCCCCCCCGCCCGGCUCCCGGUUAUCCCGGUGCAGCGAUGCAAGCGGGGCUUCCUCCACCGGCCGGCCAGCUUUGGAAAGAUGCCGGGGCGGCGUCGGCGGGUGGUUGAGCGCUCGCAUUGCACCGGCCGGCAUUGAAGGCGCGAUGUUCCCGGCGCCUCCGCCCGUCGGCCGCCCUUCCAGCCCACCGGCUGCCGGUGUUGCUGCUGCUGCUGCUGCUCUUCAUCCUCCUCUUCCUCCUCCUCCUCCUCCUCUUCCUCCUCCUCCGCCGCCUCUACCAGCCUCCGAUGCUCCGGCGGGCGAAGCCGACCUGUCCGGUUGCAGCAAGGAAGAGCUGGUGCGCCGUUUGCGCCGGGAAGAGGCCGAGAAGCUGGCGGCGUUGGUGCAACGGGGCCGGCUGAUCCAGGGCGUCAACCGGCAGCUUCAGGAGCACCUGCGCGAGAUCCGCGAGCUGAAAGCCGUCAACGGGCGGCUGCAAGCGGAGAACCGGGAGCUGCGCGACCUCUGCUGCUUCUUGGACGAGGAUCGGUUGAAAGCCAAGCGGUUGGCGCGGCACUGGCAGCUUUUCGGGCAUCAGGCGGCGCAGGUGUUGCGGGACGAGGUAGCCGGUUGCCUCCGCAAGCUGGCCGGGUUGGAAGGUUUGCAGGAGAGGCUGGCGCAGGACAACCUGGAGCUGAAAGAGCUCUGCUUGGCGCUGGAGGAUUGCGCCGCCGCCGCCGCCGCCGCCACCGCCGCCGUGGUCGUCGUCGCCGCCCGCCCCGAUGCCAGUCCCAGCCCGGGCGGCGGGUCGUCGGAGCUCAGCUUGCCUUGCGGACCUCGCGAUCUGGGCGACGGCAGCUCCAGCACGGGCAGCGUGGGCAGCCCCGAUCAGCCGCACCCGGCUUGCUCCCCCGACGAGUGAUGGUGCUGUGGAUGCUGCUGCACCGGACGGAUGGCAGCCUGGAGCGUGGGAAGACGGCAGGGAAGGAUGGAUGGGUGGGUGGAUGGAUGGAUGGAUGGAUGGAUGGAUGGAAGGAAGGUACGGCCAUCCACCAUCCACCACCGCCUUCCCCUUCCCGGAAUUUUAUUUAACAAGAUAUAGGUUGACCGUCUUGGAAGGGACCUUGGAGGUCAUCUAGGCCAACCCCGCCCACCCAUGCAGGAGACCCUACACCAUUUCUGACAAACGGCAGUCCAAUCUCUUCUUGAAAGCCUUCAGGGAUGAAAAAAAUAACAGAUGAACAGAGUUGGAAGGGACCUUGCAGGUCAUCUAGUCCAACCUCCACCACCUGCCCAAGCGGGAGACCCGACAUCUGCCUCUCCCUAGGAUGGAACUCACAACCUCCUGCUGGUGAGGCAAGAGGCCACCAGGUAUGGGCAUAACAACUAUCCGAAGAGUUGCGGCCAUCUAGGCCAACCCCCGGCCCACCCAUGCAGGAGACCCUACACCGUUUCUGACUAACGGCAGUCCAAUCUCUUCUUGAAGGCUUCCAGGGAUGAAAUAACAGAUGAACAAGAGUCGGAAGGGACCUUGCAGGUCAUCUAGUCCAACCCGCCGGCCCACCCAAGCAGGAGAACCUAGACCAUGUCUGACAGAUGGCAGUCCAAUCUCUUCUUGAAAGCCUUCAGGGAUGAAAAAAUAACAGAUGAACAGAGUUGGAAGGGACCUUGCAGGUCAUCUAGUCCAACCCCCACCACCUGCCCAAGCGGGAGACCCAACAUCUGCCUCUCCCUAGGAUGGAACUCACAACCUCCUGCUGGUGAGGCAAGAGGCCACCAGGUAUGGGCAUAACAACUAUCCGAAGAGUUGCGGCCAAAUGCAGCCAGCUUUCGGGAUCGCACAGGACGCCUCGGCGAGGGUUUUUUGUUUUUUUAAAUUGAGAAGGCAUAAUAAUAAUAAUAAUAACGCCAUUUGGCAAUUUGCUUGGCACCGCCGGCUGGUUUACCUCCUCCACAGUUUCUGAUCUUUCCACACGCACACACAAGAAAGGGAUCUCUUCUGGGGAUCAUUCGAACCCGCCACCACGCUUGGAUUAUUGGGUAGGCCGGGCACCGGAAAAUUUCCUUGGAAGGCGGCUGGAUGGGGAAAAAAGCAGGAUCCGUUCCGAGAAGAAAAUCUUGUCGCUAAUCUAGUGAGGAAUUAUUGUGGCUAAAAUCCCUCUUGAAUGAGUUUGGGGGUGGGUGGGUCUCGCAGGAGUCUUUGCUUCAGUUGGCCUGCUGGGUGGCCUCCUCUCCCCCCCCCCCAUCACCAUUAAAAGACCAUUGGGGCCGGUGACUUUUCUUCCUCUUCUUUCAUGACUUCCUCCACCCAGAUUGGAAAAUUCUCUGCAUCUCGUCCUACCAGGCGGGCCUACCCUGCAGGGCCGGUUGUUGGGAGAAAGGCGACAUUAAGGAGGAGAAAUCUGCCUGCCUGCGCUCUUGAUUUUUUUUUUCCCCUGCAGGAGCUAGAAAUCAGACGGACCAGUUUGCAAAUUUGGGGAGUGGCAACUUGGCCAGGAAAGGAAGCACCAUUUUGUAGUUUUAUUCUUGCUAUCCGAAACUGGCGUGUUCAGAAAUGUAGUUAUAGCCUGAAUUUUUUGGGGGGUGGGUGAGGGAAAAAGGGUUGUCCGAUUCCUUGGGAGAUUUUCCCCACCGUUUUCGACUCCCUGUUUUUAAUUCCUGCAAGAACAGGUCCCCGAGAAAUCAUGCAAAGAGAUCCAUGGGGAACUCCAGAAUGGACUUUUAAAGGCUACUGCAUAAAUAAACCCUUUGUUCUGGAUUUUUUUUUUUGGAUUAUGAUAGGAUCAAAACUACAUAAAACAACAACCCAGCAGGUUAAGCUACGGAAAAGUUAAACCCUUGGGUGCAAAAUACGAUUCAAAAACACUGCAGCUGUGUUGAGUGACAAGCAACGGCUUGGCAGGAGUUGAACAGCGCUGGAGGGCGGGGGGUGCAAAAUUUUUAGGGUGCACUGUUGUGCGUGGAAGGAUAGACUCCACUUGCCCACCCACCCACCGGGUUCCCUACUGAGGGACAAAAAUUGCCAAACGAUUUCAAAAUGUAUUUGGGCGCGCAAUGUCGGCUGGGCCUUUCUCAGCCGAGUUUUGCAGGCCGCGAAACGGAUCGCUGCACUUUGCAAAAGUUCUGCUAGUGUUUUAAACCUUUUUUCCUUUCUACCCAGGGAAACGUAAGGCUGUGGGGUGGAGGUGGGGGUGUUUGAAUUUCGAUAGAAUAUAUGCAGGGGAGGGUCCCCAUUUUUUUCUCUCUCUCUCUUUCCGAUGAGCAAUAUUUCAAAAAAAUAAAAAAUCCAUCUUUGGAUCACCCAAAGAUGGAGCUUUAAAUAAGGAGGGUGGUCGAGGGAACUCCUUGCCACUUGGUUGUGUCGCGUGUGCCAAAAUGGAAUUUUUUUAGUGCAGAUUAUGGGGUGGGGUUUAUUAUCCUGGUCGCAGAUGCUGGGUGCCCCCCUCGCCCCAUUCACCCCAGAGAGGGCGAAAGGAAGGGCUGGAGGAUUGCGCUUGGGCUGGGGGUGAAAAACGGGGAAAGGCGCCAGUGACAGGGAGUCCUCGACUUACGACCGCAAUUGAGCCCAGAGUUUCUGUUGCUAAAGGAGACGUGUGUUAAGGGAGUUUUCAUCCCUGCUUUUACGACCUUUUGUUUCCCCGGUUGUUUAAAUGAAUCUCGGCCGUUGUUAAGUCAGUCCCACAGUUGUUAAGCAAAUCGGACCUCCCUCUUGACUUUUGCUGGUUACGAGGUCAUAAAAAGGGGAUCACGUGACCCUGACCCUGUCGUAAAUAGAGGUCAAAUUGCCAAGCAAUUGAAUUUUGACCCACGGGGAUGCUGCAACGGUCGUUAAGUGCGAAAAACACUUUUUUUAGUGCUGUUGUAACUUCGAACGGUCACUAAACAAAACCGUUGCGAGUCGAGAACUGCCUGUAAUUGCCGAAUGCUUGUGUCCGUGAAAGAGGCCUGGUUUCCCCCCCUUUUUAAACCGAAAUUAAAUCAUAUAACUGGUCGCCAGCCAGAGAACGGCCCUUUCCCAAAAAUCCUGAUUAUUCUCUUGUUGUAAUGCCAAUUUUUUUUUUUCCAAGCCCUGAGCGAAGCUGAGUGGCAGGAUUUUUUUUUUUAAAAGAGGAAACAACAUCUGGUUAAAUUGAUAACGCCUGGAAUCCCGAGCAGGACAAAGGAGGAAAGGGGCCUCUUAAUCUUUUUGGAAAAAAAAAAAAAAGUUUCAGGGGUUCUUCCUCUUGAAAGCGAGAAUGUUAAUAAAACUCUUUAAAAAACCGACAACUUUGAAAGGGAG